GUAGCAGCAGUAACACUAGCAGCAUCUCAUUUGUGGCUGCUGGGGGCUCGGUCUCACACACACAGGCGCUCCCAGCGCCACCGUCACACACACGCAGUGGCAGCCACAGCCGUCGUUAGAGCCUGGGCUGGGGCAGGGACGGGGACCGCUACUGUGACGACUGGAGCUACGGCGAUAGCAGCUGCUGCACCAUGGCACAAGCCGCCAAGCAGCUACGCAAGAACAAGGACCUAGCGGAGCUCGCAGCUCAGGAGCUGAAGGAUAAGGAGGAGGAGAAGAACAAGAAGAGGAAUCGAUCGAGGGACCGAAGACGCAAGGCUCAUGUGGUUCAGCGCUGGCUUGUCCAUCAGGACAGUAGUGUGAGCUCUGAGAGGUCGGCCAAUCGAGCCCGGGGAAUAUGGUACUAUGACGACAGAGCGGAUGCUGCCACCAGUUUCCUCCGUGCGGCCCGUUCAGGGAACCUGGACAAGGCUCUGGACCACAUCAAGAAUAGAAUAGACAUCAACACAUCCAAUCAGAAUGGGCUCAACGGUUUGCAUCUGGCCUCUAAAGAAGGCCACGUCAAGAUGGUCCUGGGGCUACUACACGCUGGCAUUGUCCUGGAGACCACAACUAAGAAAGGGAACACUGCCCUCCAUAUUGCUGCUUUGGCAGGCCAGGAGAGAGUGGUGGCUGAGCUCGUCAACUAUGGAGCCAAUGUCAAUUCCCAGUCACAGAAAGGCUUCAGUCCCCUAUACAUGGCUGCACAAGAGAACCACUUAGAUGUAGUAAAGUUUCUGCUAGAGAACGGAGCCAAUCAGAGCCUUCCAACAGAGGAUGGGUUCACACCACUGGCGGUGGCUCUUCAGCAGGGUCAUGAGAACGUGGUGGCCCUGCUCAUCAACUACGGCACCAAGGGCAAGGUCCGUCUGCCCGCCCUGCACAUCGCUGCACGCAAUGACGACACACGCACUGCCGCAGUGCUGCUGCAGAACGACCCUAACCCUGACGUCCUCAGCAAGACUGGCUUCACUCCUCUCCACAUUGCGGCUCACUAUGAGAACCUGAGUGUGGCCCAACUGCUAAUAAACAGAGGCGCCAAUGUCAACUUUACUCCCAAGAAUGGUAUCACCCCCCUACACAUAGCCUCCAGGAGGGGUAAUGCGAUCAUGGUUCGACUUUUGCUGGACAGAGGGGCCCAGAUAGACGCCAUGACCAAGGAUGAGCUGACCCCUCUGCACUGUGCGGCCAGGAACGGUCACGUCAGGAUCAUCGAUCUCCUGCUGGACCUGGGGGCUCCCAUCCAUGCCAAGACCAAGAAUGGCCUGUCCCCCAUCCACAUGGCAGCCCAGGGAGACCACAUGGACUGUGUGAGGCAGCUCCUCCAGUACAACGCCGAGAUCGAUGACAUCACGCUGGACCACCUGACCCCUCUACACGUGGCGGCCCACUGUGGUCACCACCGCAUGGCCAAAGUGCUGCUGGACAAGGGGGCCAAGGCCAACGCACGUGCACUGAAUGGGUUUACUCCCCUCCACAUUGCCUGUAAGAAGAACCACAUGCGCUCUAUGGACCUUCUGCUGAAACACUCUGCCUCCCUGGAGGCCGUCACAGAGUCUGGUCUGACUCCUCUUCAUGUAGCAGCCUUCAUGGGGCACCUGAACAUCGUGAAGAGCCUGCUCCAUAGAGGAGCUUCACCCAACGCCUCCAAUGUGAAAGUGGAGACGCCCCUCCACAUGGCAUCCAGGGCAGGCCACUGUGAGGUGGCUCUGUUCCUGUUGCAGAACACAGCACAGGUGGAUGCCAAGGCUAAGGAUGACCAGACCCCUCUCCACUGUGCGGCCCGUAUGGGACAUAAGGAGCUGGUCAAGCUGCUCCUGGAGCACAAGGCCAAUCCCGACUCUGCUACAACCGCUGGCCACACCCCCUUACACAUCGCCGCUCGCGAGGGACACACCCACACCAGCCGCAUCCUCCUGGACGGGGCGGCCCAAGAAACCAAGAUGACAAAGAAAGGCUUCACUCCUCUCCAUGUGGCCUGUAAGUAUGGCAAGGUGGAUGUGGUUGAGCUGCUGCUGGAGAGAGGAGCCAACCCCAACGCGGCUGGAAAGAAUGGCCUGACUCCUUUACAUGUGGCCGUCCAUCACAACAAUCUGGAGGUGGCCAAGCUGCUGGUUAGCAAGGGAGGCAACGCACACAGCACUGCCAGGAAUGGCUACACUCCCCUGCACAUUGCAGCCAAGCAGAACCAGGUGGAGGUGGCUGGCUGCCUGCUGCAGUACGGAGCCUCUGCCAACGCUGAGUCCCUCCAGGGGGUCACGCCCCUCCACCUGGCCUCCCAGGAGGGCCGGCCGGACAUGGUGGCCCUGCUCAUCUCCAAACAGGCUAACGUCAACCUGGGGAACAAGAAUGGACUGACCCCUCUGCACCUGGUGGCCCAGGAAGGUCACGUAGGGAUAGCAGACACCCUGGUCAAACAGGGAGCAUCAGUCUACGCAGCCUCACGGAUGGGCUACACAGCGCUUCACGUGGCCUGUCACUAUGGCAACAUCAAGAUGGUGAAGUUCCUCCUGCAGCAGCAGGCUCAUGUGAACAGCAAGACCAGAGUGGGCUACACUCCCCUGCAUCAGGCCGCCCAGCAGGGUCAUACUGACAUCGUUACCCUGCUGCUCAAACACGGAGCCCAGCCCAACGACAUCACCACUAAUGGGACUUCUCCUCUAGGCAUCGCCAAGCGUCUGGGUUACAUCUCUGUCAUUGAUGUGCUGAAGUUGGUCACAGAGGAGGCUGUUUCCGUGAUCACCACAGAGAAACAUCGGAUGAGUUUUCCUGAGACAGUGGAUGAGAUAUUGGACGUUUCAGAGGAUGAGGGCAUUGCAGCGCUAACAUUAGGUGAUGAGUUGCUGGGGAUGGAUGGUGCUCGCCACCUGAAGCUUGACGACCUCAAGGACCAAGAUGAUGAAUUCCUGUCCCCUAAGAAGACCCUGAGAGACUUUGAGGGUGGACUGGGUACCACGCCAUACUCUCCUGCUAUUCCCAGAAUCCCAUGCGUGUCCCCUGAGACCGUCCUGCUGGAGGGGCACACCCCUGUCCCCCUGCCUAAGGACUAUGAUGAGGACUCUCUGAUCCCCAGCAGUCCUGCUACAGAGACCUCUGACAACGUCAGCCCAGUGGCCAGCCCUAUACACACAGGGUUCCUGGUCAGUUUCAUGGUGGAUGCCCGGGGGGGCUCCAUGCGUGGCAGCAGACACCACGGGCUGCGUGUCAUCAUCCCCCCUCGGACCUGUGCAGCCCCUACCCGUAUCACCUGUCGUCUGGUCAAACCCCAGAAACUCACCACCCCUCCCCCGCUAGUGGAGGGAGAGGGCCUGGCCAGCCGUAUCAUCUCCCUGGGGCCCUCCAGUAUGCAGUUCUUAGAGCCAGUGAUAGUGGAGAUUCCGCACUUUGCUGCUCUGGGUCGAGGGGACCGGGAGCUGGUGGUUCUGCGCAGUGAGAACGGCUCUGUCUGGAAGGAGCAUCGCAAUCGCUAUGGCGACGAGGUGCUGGAGACCAUUUUGAAUGGCAUGGAUGAAGACCUGGAGAGUCACGAGGAGUUGGAGAAGAAGAGAAUCCGCCGAAUCAUCUCCACUGACUUCCCCCUCUACUUCGCUGUGGUGUCCCGCGUCCAGCAGGAGAGCGACCUGAUUGGCCCAGAGGGAGGUCAGCUGACCAGUAACCUGGUCCCUCAUGUCCAGGCCAUCUUCCCUGAGACAGCGGUCACCAAGAGAGUUCGGCUGGGGCUGCAGGCUCAGCCGAUCCCAGACGAGCUGCUGACUCAACAGCUUGGUAACCAAGCGACCUUCAGUCCAGUGGUCACGGUAGAGCCACGACGACGCAAGUUCCACCGGCCAAUCGGAUUACGUAUCCCACUGCCCCCUUCUUGGAGGGAGAGUCCACGUGACGCUGGGGAGGGGGACACCACCAGCCUGCGCCUACUCUGCAGUGUCAUUGGUGGAACAGCACCUGCCCAAUGGGAGGAUAUAACUGGCACCACCAAGCUGAUGUACGCCAACAACUGCGCCAACUUCACCACCAACGUCUCCGCAAGGUUCUGGCUGGCAGACUGCCCUCGCACGGCCGAGGCGGUGACCUUUGCCAACCUGCUGUACCGGGAGCUGAUGGCAGUUCCCUACAUGGCCAAGUUUGUGAUAUUCGCAAAAAUGAACGAGGCGCGCGAGGGCCGCCUACGCUGCUACUGCAUGACCGACGACAAGAUGGACAAAACCCUGGAGCUGCAUGAGAACUUCAGCGAGGUGGCACGGAGCCGGGAUAUAGAGGUGAUGGAGGGCAUGCCGCUGCACCUUGAGUGCUCAGGGAACCUGGUGCCCGUGAGGAAGGCCACUCAGCAGCCACGUAGCUUCAGCUUCCAAGCCUUCAGAGACAACAGACUGCCUGUCUCGGUCAAGGUUAGAGACAGCAAUAAGGAGGCAUCUGGGUUCCUGUCUUUCCUACGGAAGUCUACCAAGUAUGAGGACUCCCAGCAUGUGCUGUGUAACCUCAACAUCACCAUGCCACCCUGUGUCAAGGUUGUGGGGAGUGAGGAGCGCAGGCGAACUCUGACCCCACUGGCCCUGAGGGAGCGCUACAGCAUGCUGAACGAGCCCGGUCUCGUGAAUGCCAUGGAGAGGACAGAGCUCAAGAUCUCCCUCAUAUCUGAACAGCUGGGCUUGAGCUGGGCAGAGUUGGCGCGGGAGCUGCAUUUUGGUGUGGAUGACAUUAACAGAAUCAGGGUGGAGAAUCCUAACUCCCUCCUGGACCAGAGUUCAGCCCUGCUCAACCUGUGGGCCGGCCGGGAGGGCAAGAGGGCCAAGAUGGAGAGUGUGUAUGGGGCGCUCAAAAACAUUGACCGUUCAGACAUUGUGAGUUCAGUGGAGAGCCAGCCACAGGCAGAGGCCGGGGCCUCAGAGGAUGGGGCCUGCAGACUGGCCGACAGCGACUCCACCCUGCUCUCUCCCAGUGUUAUCAAUGGUUACGGGCUGGUGCAGGAGGAGCUGCUCUCCCCGGCCUCCUUGCAGUACAGCCUGCCCUCUCCACUGGGUGCUGAGCCCUACUGGCAGGAGGUCUCCAGCCUGGAGUGUGCCCCAAUCGCCACCACCGAAGAAGACAUCCUGAUGGAAAUGUCUGAUGUGCAGGUGUGGCCCUCGGGGGUCAGCCCCUCCCUGGUCACAGUGGAGGACUCAUCCCUGGAUGGCAGCAGCCGGGCUGAUGACUCAGAGGGGGCCACCCUGACCCUUCCCUUCAGCCUGGGGCGCCCCAGCAGUGGGGCAAGCUGGGCCAGUGGCUCCAUCAUGGGGCUGGAGGAGGAAGAGGAAGGGGAGGUAGAAGAGGUGCGGCAGGAGCCAGCAGACAGGGACAGGGUGAGGGCCAGUGGUGCGGUGCCAAAGGUCAACCUGAAUGUCCAGCUGGGAGGUCAGAGGUCGGAGGGCAGGAGGGUGGAGGUAGCAGCAUCAGUGGCGGGCAGCAGUGUGACUGGAGGAGGAGGAGUAGGGCAGAGUUCAGAGGAAGGGCUUUCUGUUGUUUCAGGACAGCAGGUCUAUGCCCAGCUGUGUGAGAUGUCAGGACUGAGCCGAACCAUGGAGCACAACGGAGACAACAGGGUGUUGGGAGGAAGUGCAUUCCAGCCAUACCUACCCGACAAGGACUCCCUGCAUGGCUGGGCGGGGUUGCAGACACCCAGGCUGCCCCGGCAGAGUGUGGAGACGCUGAUAUUGUUACCAGGGUCACGCAAAGCCCAGGAGGCUAUCUUAACGCCGGUGUGUGACAUGGGGCAGCUGUGCAGGCAACUGUUUGGCACGCAGCCCUUUGACAAGGGGCUGGGCUACUUUCAUCAGGAGGGGGCCUGGGAGCAUGAGUGGAGGCGGGGCCAGAUUAAUGUUGAUAAAGAGGACUGUGCUGUUGAGUUUCUGGCUGAGGAGCAGUUUGUGGACGAACAUGGAAAAGUCGCUGCUAGAAAUGUGGGGGUGGAUGUGAGGAAGGGUGCUCAGUCAGUGAAGCGCACCAGUCUGCGGAGAGUAAAACACUGAAACACACAUACCCAGUCCUCAAGGACCCGACAUCCACUGCCAAACCACCCUCCACAAACACAAAGUCAGGUAACAGAGGGAAAUGAGGAAAAGAUUGAGAGGAGAGAAGAGGGAAUGAAGACUGAUAGAAAGACUAAGAUUUGCAAACAACAAAUACAAACACAAAAUCAUCUGCAGAACGACCCUGGAGUUCCACAGCAAGAGGAAAAGAGACAGAGAUCUACUUGUAGUUUUGUAACAUUUUUUUAAAGAAAAAGAUACUAAACUAGAGUAGAGCAUGAUUUUUUUUUCUAUGAAAAACAUGACAAAAUCCAACCCCCAAAAAAUGCAACAAAAAAGUGCUUCCUGUCAACUGUAACCGCAUGAUUGACUGAUGGUGCAUGACCUUUGAACUGUCAUUAUCUACAAACUGAAGGGGUACAAGGUACACGGCCGACCCAGGACUGGGUCAGGGGUGAGUUUAAGGAUACCUUUUCCCCCAAAAGGGAGUGGUUUGUGUCAGCAAGUUGAGUCUGGUAACACUACAGCCAAAAAAAGUGAAGUAUUUUUUUGCCACAACUGAUUGGUACGAUACAGCGAAGCCAAUGCUGAGCCUACCAAUGCUUCAUUCACUUGGACCCUGUUUCCCUGUUAUUCUAUGUGAUAUAUUCUCUAUGCUUUGUGGAUGUGUGUCUGUGUGUGUACCUUUACUGCUCGUGUUCUCUCGCUUCAGGCUUGGCACUGAGAAUUGUCCUGGUUGGUCGGUGCUCCUGUGAUGUCAUGGCGUGCUCAGUGUGGGAAUGAGAAAACCACUGUU